AUGAUUGUACCUCGCAGCACGAACUCGUCGACAAAUUCAAACUCCAGUCUUCUUUCGGUGUUAUCCCAAGCUGCCGGCGAUCCGUCAAUAGGACAGAGAACUUCGGAUACUGCGUCUUCGAUAUUGCCAUUGCUCCACGACGGAACGAAUCAAUCGAACAGCGCAGCGGAUGUCGGGUCUGUGCAGGAUGCGCAUGGCAAGAUCAGUCAGGUUUAUUCAUCUGUUGAUAAAGAUUCGGAUCUGCUGGAUUUUGUCAAGAGCCUGGCCGAGGGAGGAUUGAUUCCACUGAAUCUAGUGAACCUGCUAGACGGGUAUAUCAACAUUGGCCUCAAUUCGAUUUAUAACAAUAACCCAGCACCACCGUCGAAGCAAGAUAUAUACCCGAAAAAGCGACCCGGCGAUGCGACCUAUUCGAUCCCUGAGGAAAGUCUCCGGGCGGCCAUAUAUAUCCCUGAUUCAUUCGCCUAUGGGAAGAACAGGAGGAAGCCAGUAAUCCUGGUGCCAGGGACUGCAAUUCCUGCUGGUAUGACAUACCAUUUCAGCUUUAGCCAGCUGGGCAAAGCUCUCCCAGAAGCGGAUGUUGUCUGGGUUAAUAUUCCCCGGGCCUCGUUGAACGACGCACAAACGAAUGGCGAAUACGUCGCGUAUGCGAUCAACUAUAUAUCCGCUAUCAGUUCUGAUUCCAACGUGGCGGCAAUUUCGUGGUCUCAGGGUGGACUAGAUGUCCAAUGGGCAUUGAAGUACUGGCCUUCUACUCGGGACGUGGUGGAGGAUUUCAUCGCCAUCAGUCCAGACUUCCACGGUACAGAUCUAAGAUUCUUUGUCUGCCCGUUACUGGACCCUCUUGCCUGCACACCAUCAAUCUGGCAACAAGGCCCGGAAACUGAGUUCAUUCAUACCCUGCGGGCUGAUGGCGGCGACUCGGCAUACGUCCCAACAACCAUUGUCUACUCCUCUUUCGACGAAAUCGUGCAACCGAUGAGCGGACCCAACGCAUCAGCCAUUCUCUCCGACAUCCGCGACAUCGGAGUUACAAACAACCACAUCCAAACCAUCUGCCCGAACGAACCAGCCGGCGGAAUUUACCUGCACGAAGGAGUAUUAUACAACUCCCUCGCCUGGGCUCUAGCCGUCGACGCCCUCACCCACGACGGCCCCGGCGACCCCUCACGAAUCGACAUCGACACGGUAUGCAGUCAAAUCCUCGCUCCGCAGUUGCAAUUGGACGAUAUGCUUGGCACCGAGGGACUUUUGCUAAUUGCGCUGGUGGAGGUUCUCACGUAUGAACCUAAGGUGGGACGGGAGCCUUCUAUCACCGGUUAUGCGUCGUGA